GCACUGUUGGUGCUUCUUGGUCCUCUGACAGAGUCCAACUGACGGUAUAAAACGGCCACGCUCAGACAAAGACAUCAGUCUUAGCUGAGUACUCACCAACCCAGGAGGAGAGAGCUCCAACAAGCCCACCAUGGGGGACUCUAAGCUCUGUCUUUUGCUGCUCCUCAGUACAUCGGCCUUGGCUCUUGCCCAAGAUGAAGAUCAUCCAACCUGUCUGCUGGCCCAAAGGUACAAGCCUCUGCAUAAAUAUGAAUACCAAUAUGAAGCUGAAUCUUUGAAUGCCAUCAACGGGGCCUCACAGCUAAAGAAUGGACCGAAGGCCUCCUGCAAGGUUGAGAUUGAAGUGCCACAGAUGUGCAGUUUCAUCAUGCACACCACAGGCUGCAGUCUGAUGGAAGUGGUGGACGUGGAUGCAGAGGGCAACCCUGUUUCCCAUCCAGCUGCCAGCACUGAUGACUUUGCUGCUGAAAUGAAAAGGUAUCCUCUAAAGUUUGUGGUUGAGGGUGAGUAUGAUGUGAAGCUGUACCCUGAGGAUGGCGAGACGACAACUAUCCUGAACUUCAAGAGGGGUAUUGUCUCUGGCCUGGCUGUGCCUCUGCUGGAGGAAGACAAGAACAAGAACAUGCCCACCAUCCAUGGCAAGUGCAGGACCUCCUAUACGAACAAUGCCAGAGAGGACAUUGUCACCGACAUCAGCCUGCACAGGGAUCUGUCCAGAUGUGACAAGUUUGUGCCCAUAAGAGAUCACAAUAGCCCUCUGGCACUUAUCACUGGCAUGCACUAUCCUAUGGCUCAGAUGGUCAGAAGCUCUCAAACAUGUAACUACAAGUUUGAUAAUGAGAAAAAACACAUGACCUCUGGUUCCUGCACUGAGGAACACCUUCUCAUUCCCUUCUCCCACAAGGGAAAAUAUGGAUUUACCAAUGUUGGAAAACAGGAGUUGACUCUGGUUCAGGUUUCUUCUCACAAUGACAGAGUAUUUGAACAUGAUAACAUUGUCAAGGACCUCAACAUGGAGGUUGUUGAGGACAAGAGCACCAUUCAGGAUAAGGAUGCAGCUGUGAAACUUAUGAGAGAACUGGUCAAUUUGCCUGAGACCGAAGGAGAGAGGAGGGCCCACCUCUUCCACACGCUCAUCUCUACGGUCCGUGGAAUGAAGACUGAAACCUUGAGAGCUGCACUUCCCGAGGUUGUUGCUGUGUCCCGCUUUCUGACCUACCAGGUUCUGGCCCAGUGUGGAACCCCUGAGUGCAGCAGCGCAAUCAUGCAAAUUCUUAGGACUUUUGACAUCUCCAACCUUGAGGUUGAUGCUGCUGUUUUUGCUUUGGGAAUCAUGUCCAACCCCUCUUCGCUCCUGAUUAACGACUUGCUUGAGAUGGCCAAAUACAAACCUAGUAAGCCCAUUAUGUAUGCUCUGAGCAACGUCGUUAGGAGAUUUUACAAAGCUGAAAAUAAAAUAAUUCCUGAGAUUUACUCUGUUGCUGAGUUCAUGGCUUCCCAGUUGGGCGACUGUACUGGGGCAAAGGAGCACACUUUCAUGACACUCAGGGUGAUUGGAAAUAUGGCUCCAGCUGUGAUUCCUUUUAGUCCUGCACUGCGUACUGCUGUGAUUCAGUGUGCAAAGCAGCCUGCAGCCUCACAGAAAGUGCAGCAGGCUGCUAUUCAAGUGUACAGGCAGAUUCCAGUCCCAAAUGAGAUAAGAGACGUGUUUAUGCAGGUGCUUCUGAACAACAGCAACCCAGUGCAAGAGCGCAUCGCUGCAUAUCUGAUAAUUAUGAAGGACCCAAAGCCGAGUGAGCUCACACAACUGACCAAUGCUUUGUCCAGUGAGACAGACCAACAGUUCAAGAGCUUUGUAAUCUCCCACAUCACCAACAUUCUGUCCUCGACUGAACCAGAAACCAAAGAACUGAGACAGAAGAUUCAGGAUGCCCUGCAAGGUAACAAAAUCGGACCAACAAUGGACCCAAUGAACUUUUCACGCAACUAUAAGAUUGGAUCCGUGCAGGGCAACAUGAUUUUUGAGGGUGUGAGCUACUUGCCCAAAGAGGUUAUGCUUGAAAUGACUCUGAGGGCUUUUGGUUUUGAGAUUGACAUGAUGGAGAUUGGUAUGGCUGGUGAAGGUUUUGAACCAACAAUCGAGGCCCUGUUUGGAGAGGGGGGCUUUUUCCCUGACACUUCCUUGAAGACAAUGUACUUUGUUUCUGAAAACAUGCCACAAGCAGUCAGUGAGAUCCUGGAGAAUAUAAUACCUACACUGAAGAAGAACAGAAUGAGGAGAGAGGCUUCCAACUGCCUGAUGAAGGAGAUUGGACAAAACCUUGAGAAGCUGGUCAAAGAACUGAAGGCUGCUGAGUCCCCAGAAGCAGUGGUUUAUCUGAAACUCUUGGGAAAUGAGCUGGGGUAUCUGGGGACAAAUGACAUUGGAGAAAUGACCUACUCUGCAGGCAUGAUGAUUGAAAAGAUGCUCAGGAUGUUUCCACAUGAAAUACUGAGGUCUCUGAUGACUAACCCUGACACCACAAUCUUUGCCCACUACAUCUUCAUGGACAAUGAAUUCUUCCUGCCAACUGUCACUGGAGUGCCUCUAAGGAUUGCACUGUCUGGUACUUUCACCCCUGGUUUCAAAGGUGGACUACAGAUUGCUCGCGACAUGAGCACAAUGAGCUUCAUGCCAUUUGGUGGCAUUGAGUUCGUCACUCAGGUUGGAUCCCACAUCCCUAAAUAUGUCAAUUCUGGACUAGAGAUGCACACCAACAUCUUCCACGAGAGUGGGAUCAGAGCCCAGCUCUCAAUGGGACAUGACCAUGUUAAGCUGACUAUCCCAGCCCCAACGAACCCUACCAAGCUAAUCAAAAUGACAAACUCCCUUGUGGCAGUAACCGGAUCAGAUGUGAGGAUGAUUCCUCCAGUGGUGAAGGACAAAGUUGAUGUAAAUAAGUGCACACCUGCCUUCACUGGAAUGAAAUACUGCUCUGCUCUGCAGUACACCGAUGCAUUCUCUCAUGAGGCAGCCCCCUAUUUCCCCCUGACUGGUGACAGCAAAUUUUCUGUGGAGCUUCACCCCACUGGAGAAGUUACAGAGUACACAGCCACUGUUGUAUAUGAGCUCCUCAAGGAGGGAAACGAGGGCCGGCAGAAGAUUGACGUUUUAAAGUUUAUCUUGAGAGCCGAAGGGGCAGAGCCAACUGAAGCACAACUGGUGAUGAAAUACAACAGACGAAAGAAUGUCAUCACAGCAGAUGUUCAGAUCCCUGACUUUGAUGUGGAGGCUGGACUCAGGAUUGGUGUUGUUGAUGGGAAAACCAAAGGCAAAGGAACGUAUUCCAUCUCUCUUGACUUCAUCAACAAGAACAUCCCCCAGCUCUCCCUGGUUGGACGUGCUAAUUUGAAGGACAUGAAGGAAGGCAUGCUGCAAGUCCAGCUCCUGGUGCCCUCAAUUAGCACUGAAUCGACUGUCACUGCUAGCCUCAAACACAAUGAUCAUCUGAAACUGGAGCUUGAGAGUGAAAUUAAGGUCAUGGAUGCAACCUCUGGGCAGAAAAUUGAAAUUAAAUAUGAUGGCAGAAAGAUUGAGCUUGAGUUCAAGACUGAUGUGAACACAAAAACCACCUCCUUGCCUAAUGGUGAUGCCAUUCACAAGUAUGGCAAUGAGAUUCUUGAUAUGCAAGUAGUACAGACUGGCAUGAAAGUUCGUCAUAUCUUCAGAAAGUUUGCUGAGGCGGCAAACAAUUACAUGGAAAAGUAUGGUGCUGAAAUGCUCCCUUACAUGCAACACUUCAGACUGCCUGAUAUACCAGAUAUUUCCCUGCCAGAGAAACUCUUCCUGAAUACCGAUGCAAAGGCUGUCUACUACUUCAACAACGAUUGCUUCACAGUUGUAGUCCCACUGCCUUUUGGAGGAAAGACAACUGCAGAGCUCAACUUUCCACCAGUUCUGACCACUCCUAGCCUGCAUAUACCCCAGUUUGGACUGGAAGUUGUCUCCAGAGAAAUUCCCAUUCCUGAUCUUUUUGUUCCAAAGAGUUUAAUCAUGUCUGUUCCACUCUUUGGCAAAGUUGAACUAUCGGUUUUGAUGAACAGCAACCUUUAUGAGGUGGAGGCAACACUCGGAGUGGGGAAAGACGUUGUAGAACCACCUAGCUAUUCUGCAAGGUUUGAUGCAAAAGGAAGUUCACCAAUUGACAUCCUCUCUGUAGCAGUUGAAGGUUCUGGAAUGGUGUCCAUGACUGAAUCCAUGAAGGCUCAUUUGAGAAGCUCUUUUACCCAUAAAUUCUUUGAAGCUAGUUUCAGUAUUGAAGAAGAUGGAGUCAUCACAGACAAAAUCACUUUCAACUCAAAGAGCAAAAUGGAAGCCACAAGUCAAUUUGGUCUUAAUGCAAAACUACAGCACACCAGUGUGACUGAAGUCAACACUCAACAUAUGUUCAUUGACAGCAACUUUGAGGGAUCAUUCAAGGCUGGACCAAUCUAUGGCACAACCACUUCACUCCAGGUAAUUUCUGCAACUCCAUUCAAGCCAGAAGCGAAGAUUGAUUCUAAAAUUCAGUUCAACUCAACAAUUUUUAAAGCCGAGAACAAAAUCCUAGCAUCCCUUAGCAAUGGUGAAUUAUUUGUUAAUUUAAACACCAAAGCCUUUGAAGACGUCUUCACACAUGUUGCAGAACUUUCUUUCAAAGACAGUGAGCUGGUAAUGAAAUGUGAUGCAAACGCUCAUGCUCUUGGUCUGAAGAUUCGCAACCAGGCUGAAGCCUCUGCUGGAGCUGGUAAAGCCACCAUAAGAAUAGAGACAAAUGGGGACCAUUCUGAUAAUCGUGUUUAUUCUCUACUUAUGUCCACCUUCGAUGCUAAUGGUCUGACAGUAGGCUGCAAUGCCAACAUGAAGCUUUUUGAGAACGAAGCUACACACGAAGCCAAACUGAAAAUGAAUAAAGAUGGUUUAAGCACAAGCGGAACUACCACUCUCCAAAGCCCACUGUCUUUAGAAAACACCUUCAAUGCUGGAAUUGAUGCUACAAGAGCAACUCUAUACAUUACCAACAAGGCUGCAGUUCAUAACACCAAAGUGGAUAAUUCUAACACCCUGACCAUCUCUCUCUCUAGUCUGGACUUUAACUCAAAAGCUGAAGCUGUUGCAACUGAAUACAGCUCUUACAGUCAUGAUAUCACCUUCAACCUGAAGCCUUACACUGCCUCUGCAAAAAUAAUCAACCACAUGAAACUUCUGGAAGCCAGUUUUGAUAAUGACGCACGCUUGCAGGCAGAGCUUUACAAGAUUGACUUGACUGGAAAGCUGAAGGCCAUAUAUGGAGAAGAAGAAAUAAAGCACACUUACCAGAUUAAUUAUGCAGAUCUAAGUGCAAAUGCAAAAUGCAGCACCACCGGAAAGCUCUUUGGCACUCAUAUGAGCCACAAUACUGAACUUGAAAUUGUUGGCCUUACUGCAAGGUUUAGCAAUGAUGCCCGCUUUAACUCACAGCCUAUUCGCUUUGACCACACCAUCCGUUGCAAUUUUGUUCCUUUUGAUUUCAACCUUGAUGCCAUGCUCAAUGGCGAUGGAGACAUUACCAUCUAUGGACAGCACAGUGCCCAGCUUUAUAGCAAAUUACUUAUCAGAGCACAACCCCUGGCUUUUAUCAGCUCCCAUGAAUGUAGAGCAUCAGUGACACAGAAGCUAGAUAACGGUCUUUCCUUUGAGACCACAUAUGAUAACAACAUUGAUACUGUUCUGUCACCCCAGGAGCAAAGGACAAGAUUUAGAAUUAAAUCUAAAAUGAAUGACCAUGAAUUUAAUCAAGGCAUACAGAUUUACAAUAAUGAGGAGAGGGUGGGAAUUGAAGUUUAUGGCACCAUCCUUACAAACACCAUUAACACAGCCUCCACAGAGAACCAAGAUUUCACCAUCUCUGGUUUCCUCAAGUAUGACAAGAGCACACAUAGUCAUAUAAUUCAUGUCCCUCUAAUUGAAAGUCUCCCUGUCUUCAUGGAGAGCAUAAAGGAAUUUGUUGUGGUUGUAGCAGAAUCUCUGAAAGAUUUAAUUAACAACAAGGAGGUAAUGGCAAGACUUGAGGCUCUUCCCCAGGAAAUAGGUGAGCUUAUUGCCCAAAUUAAUAUAGAAGACAAGGUGAAUCAACUGAAGCAGUUUUUCAAUGAUUUUAACCAAAAUCUUGUUAUCACCCCAAAGAACGUGCAUGCAAUUUUGAACAGUCUGAGGAAUGCUAUUGAGAUAUUCCUGAGCAAUCUCUCAUCUUACAUGCAAGCCUUCAUUGACAUAGGUGUCAACAUCCAUGAUAGCCUUAGUGGUGAGAUUGAAGACAUUCUGGAAGCACUGAAUGAACUCAAAGUUGCAGUUGUUGAGGUGAUUGAAACCAUAAGAGAACUGAUCCAAGAGAUUGACCUAAAAAAACUUAAAGGCAGCAGUAUUGAAUUCCUGUAUGAUAUCGAAGCCAAAUAUGAAAUAAAAGCUAAAGUACGGAUCAUCAUGACUAAAGUUAAAGCUACAUUUGACAGGUUUGACUUCUCAAACCUAAACUCAUUCAUUUCCUCUGAUCAAUUAAAACAUGUAAUUGAUGAGCUGGUGAAUAUUGCUCCAUUAUACAAACUUAGGGAAACAAUAGAAGAGAUUAAGUAUAAGAUCCAUGACUUUGAACUCAUUGGCAAAAUCAACACAUUUUUUGAUAAGAUGAAGGAUUUGGUUGUGCAUUUUGAGGUUGACCAAAAGGCUCAAGUUGUCUUAGAAAAAGCGUCAGACCUUAUUAAACAGUUCAGAAUUCAGGAAACCAUCAAGGCUGUGGUAAAAAUUGUGAAGGAUUGCAACAUUCCCAAGAGAUUUAUAGAAAUCUUCCAAGGUGCUAUUGACUAUUUAAAAACAACUGAGGUAAAAGACAUCAUUGAACAGUUGAACAUGUAUAUUGAAACCAUGAAGCAAAAGCUAAAGUCCCUAAACUACAAUGACACUGUGGACAACAUCAAUCAAAUUAUUGAAGAAUACAGAACUUAUGCAAAUGAGAUAAUCAGGACUCUCAAAGUUACUGAGAAACUUGAGGCAUCACGAGAAUUUGCCAACAUGGUAAUAUCAUCUAUCCGAGACUUCAUGGAACAUCUGAGGGAAAUAAAAAUUGCAAAAAUUAUUCAUUCUGCAACAGAUAUCUACGAACAUGUCAUUUGUGAUUCCCUUAAGACAUUUGCUGAAUACAUAAAAGCAGAAAUCACAAAGAUGGACAUCAAAGAAAAACUUUCCAAUGUUUUGAGCAUGAUGUCAUUCUUCAACAGUAUCACCAUACAUAUAAUUACAAACACCGUCAGUACAGUUAUUAGCACAAUAAAGGAGGUGCUACCUGAUGAAAAAGUAAUUAGUGAGGUUUUGCAGAUCAUUGAUGGUAUUCAAAAUGAACUAAAACAUGCUGAAAUCAACUUGCCAUCCUUCACCUUCCCUCUCACAGACCUUGUUGUGCCUUCCAUAAAGUUGCAGCUUGAUGACCUGGAACAGAUUGAAAUUCCAACAAAACUUGACAUGCCCGAGUUUACCAUCAUGGGCAUGUACACUGUGAAAGCUUUCACUGUAUCUUUUGAUGAUAUCAAGCAUAAGAUCAUUGAACUCAUUGAUUUCAUUGUGAACUUUAAAAUUACAAUGCCUAAUCCAGAUGCUUUAUUUGGAGACCUGGCUUUGAAUUACCUCCCAACCCUUCCUGAGAUCACCUUGCCAGAAAUCCCUCUUUUCGAAGUUACAUUCCCUAACAUCCCAAAAAUAGAUGCAGAAACGUUUGCCAAAGCUCUGGAGAUUCCAAAAAUAGAGCUGCCAUCAAUUCCAAAUGAGAUCAUGCUUCCAUGCUUUGGUAAACUUUACGGCGAGAUUAAAUUACUUUCUCCCAUCUAUACCAUGAAGACAUCUGCUGAGUUCCAGAACUCCACUGAAAAUAAAAUGACACCUUUAUUCACUGGAUCCUUUAGUUCUCGAGGCAUGUCUCCCAGUUUGGAAAUUCUUAAUUACAACUUUGAAACCAACGUUCACAUCGCAGUCCCAAAACUAAAACGUGUUGUCCUUGCAGAAACUAUAACAUUCAAACACACUGCUCUAGGACUGGAACAUCAGGCAUCUGUAACUCUGUAUGGUCUUUCAGCUCAAGCAGAAGCACAAGCCCAAGCAAAAACCACAGUUAAGGUUUCUACUGCAUCUUACUCUGCCAAUUUGAUGAAUACAGCCUUCAUUGCGGUAGCUGGGGGAAUGACCUCCACGGUUGAGACAACUUAUAAUCAUGUCGUAAACAUCCCUUCUGCUGAUAUUUCAAGUGAGUUUACUGCAACCCAGAAGUCAGUUGUGAAGCAAAAUGGCUUAACUUUGAAAUUUGAAGUAGAUAGUAUUGGAACAGGGAAAUUUAAUAGUCAUGACUGCAAGCACAAGAGCAAGUUUGAUCUGUCGCUCAGUCCCAAGACUGGCAUCCUAUCAUUCACUGGCAACACAGAGUCUGAUAUCCUAAAACUUAAACAGGUCAUUACAGCUGAAUCUGGCACUUUAAGCUACUUUAAAUUUCAUGUCCUGAAUGAGGCAGUGGCACCAUUAAUCAAAAGUAGUCUCUUUGUUGCAUCUGGACUUGCCAACCUUUAUGAAAUGAAGAUUGAGAUGAAAGCAAACCAAAACACUGAACUGUAUGGUGCAGACAGUGGAGCGCUCUCUAAUGCAAUCAACUUUAGAGUCCACCCUGGUGAUUUUUUCUUUGAAACCCAAAACAAGGCGAAUGCCAAGGUCAAAAUUAUUGAAUUUGUGCAUGCCAAGAUAGAGCUGCAGAAUGAUUACUUGGUCAGCUUAAACCCUGACUUCCAAAAGGUGAAUGCAGCCUUCCUAGCACGUCUCAAUCAGUACAAAAUGUUCUCUAACUUCACUGUAGACAAUACCAGAAAUCAUGCUGGUGUCUUUGUUGAAAUGGAAGGUCAGGCUGAUCUGUCCUUCCUGGAACAUCCAAUUAGCAUUCCAGAGAUUGACCUACCCUUAGUUGACUUCCAUACUCCCCCUAUCAAUGACUUGAACUUGUUUGAGAAGACUGGGCUCAUAAAGAUUUUGUCUACCACUGAGCAAACUGUUAAUAUGGAUGCCAAGAUCUUCUAUCUGAAAAGCUGCACUGCCCCACUUAUUGAUGUGAUUGGUCUGAUUCAGAUUCCCUCUAUGGGUAAACUGAGCUCAGAGUUGUCUUUCAAGUCUGCUAUUAUAAACCUUAAUGCUGGGACUCUCCUUUCUGCUGAAGAUGAUCUUGUGCUACGCCUAGGAGCUACCACCAACUCCGUGUUUGAAUGUCUGAACACAAAACUCAAAGGCACCACCAGUCUAACAACCAAGAGAGGAAUUAAGAUAGCCAAUUCCCUCUCCCUUGAAAAUUGUCACAUGAAAGGCACUCAUGACAGUACCUACAGCAUGAACACUGUCUCUGUAGUUACAACAUCAACUAUUGCCCUACCUACACUUAACCUGGAAGUAAGCCAAAAUCUGAUUGCAGAUACCAAAUCCAAACCAAAUGCCCUGUCCACUCUAACGCUAAAAGGUGACUUCAACAUCCCCAUGAUAAAAGCUGUUGGAAAGGUUGAAGCAGAGCACAGUCUGAAAGUGGAAGGAGGCAUUGAGUAUAUUUCAGUGGAGUCAUCCCUUAAGUCAAACAUGGACAGCACAGCGUUUGAAAACUAUCUAGUUUUAGGAGUUCUGGACAAUGAGGCUAAUAUGUACCUAAAUACAAACAUUGUCCGCUCUACUUGCAAGAUUAUUGCUGAUGCCAAGCUUAAUCAUGGCACCACCAAAGUCAUUGGCAUGGAUGUAAACCACAAGCUGGCUGCAGAAGCUUCAGUGGAUCGUAUUUUUGCAGAGAUUACUCAUUCAAGCAACAAUGAGGCAAACAUUUUCAGCUUCAAAACUGAAGGAAAGCACAGUGCCAAGGCAACUAUGGACUUUUCACCAUCUUCACUGAGAGCCGAUGUUGAGAUUAAUAUAACUCAGCCAAGCAGCCUGGGUGAUUUUGCGUACUCUGAAAAGACUGUUGCUGAAAUAAACCCUUCCAAGCAGAAGGUCUCUACAAAUGCCAAGUUGGUCAGCCCAUUGUACACCACAAACAUGGUAGCUGACGUGGAUGGCAGUGUCCCUGUCCUCAAGAUCACUUUUAAGUCCUCUGCUACCUCUGCAUUUGUGGUUUUGGAAUAUGACAUAGAUGGUUCUACUACUUUAACGGUUGAGAAUGACCUCCUGAACAUGGCCAGCAAACUUGUCCUGACUCACUCUGACCUGAGCAUGGAUGUCAACCAUGUCAUUGUUCAAGCUUUGAGAAAGAAACGCCAAGCAGAAGAAAGUGCCCUCCAACAUAAGCUGAAUCUUGACAUCACUAGUCCUACUUUCACUGAUCUGAACAUGCGCUAUGCUGCGCGCAGUGAUGCUAUUAGUGCCUCUAUUUCUACUCCAUCUGCUGGCUUCCUUGGCCUUCAGUUCAAUUGCAGAGACCCAUCCCAUAUGAGUGCUAGGUUAUAUGGCCGUUACUCUGCAGCCCCAGAGACUGAUGUUGAUAUCUUGCUGGUCAGAUUUUCUAAGACCAACAUGCAAAUUGUCUACAACAUGAAGGCACCUGAGGACAUGAUUGCGGAGCUCAAGACCAGACUCCCCUCAAUGAUGUCUUCUGUUAAAGCAUUUGCGAACAAGUACCAAAUCACAAGCAGCAUGGAGAUGGUGCAGCACUUUGUCAUUAACCAUGUCAAUGAAGCCUAUAAUGUUGCAAUCAACCAUGAUGCUCAAAUGAGCCAGGUAUCUACUUUCUUUAGGAACACCAUUAUGCGGUACCAUAAAAAGGUUGAGAACUUGCUUAAUGCUGUCAUCAGGGUCUUGAGACAGACCCACAUCAAACUACCUGGGUCUGAUGAGCUGAUCACUCUUCCCAAACUCUUAAAGAAGCUGACCGACAGCAUUGCUAAUAUGCUGGAUGUAACCAUUCAGUUUAUCUGUGAGAACAUGGAGAUGUACUAUGACUAUUUUCUUGAGAAAAUUAGCAAUGUUGAAGUGCAAUUGCCAAGUAAUGAGUUGAUUACUAGAAGGCAGAUAAUUGAUAAGAUCAAAGCAAGUGUCAAAAAGAUCUCUGAUGAAGUAGUAGACUUUGCGAGAAAUAUGGAGAGUCUUGACUCAAUGCUGGAAAAGUUAGAUUAUACGUUGAAGGCUGUGGUUGAGAAAACACAAGAGUUUGUUGAUUCUAUCAAGUCUGACUAUCUGGAUGCAGUGUUCAAUAACUUCAAUGAGGUCUACCGGGAGGUUGUAACAUAUGCUAAGAAAAUGGUUGACCAGAUCCCUCCUUUCAACUUGGAUGAAAUUAGUAAACUGUGUGAGUCCAUUAUGGACAGGAUCAUUGAAUUAAUAGAUCAGUUCAAUAAUGAAGUUUAUGGUUUUCUGCAGCAAAUGUCAGAGGAAGCCUACAUGACAAUAAGAGAUGGAAAGCUUGAGAUUAAUCUUCCAUUACAUUUCCAGGAUUAAAUAACACAUAGACUGAAAACUAAGUCAGCAUUUUAUGUUACAAUCUGUUCAGCACACGUUUGGAAAAGUGUAAACAACUCAACGCUACUUCUGGGUGUGUUUUAUAGAAACACCUGCUACAUUCUUUUAAUUGUAAUUGUUUUUUUUCUGUACAAAUUCUGAACUUGUAUUAUUUUACUGGGACUCAAUCAACAAAAUAAAAGUCAGUAUUACAACCUUUAA